UUGUGGUCACUAAAUGAAGGGUUCUGAUCUGGGAAGGCCCAUCCAUUCCCUCAAUUGGAUGGGGAACAGGGACAGUGACUCCAGCGAUCUCAAGAAUAGGAGGGAAUGUUGACCAGGGAGCCACCGCUGCGGCCGAUCAGAGGAGCAGGAACCAGAGCCCGACUGAGUCCGAAAACAGUCGGUCCAGACUGUGGCUUCAGGACGGUUGGAAGUGGAAGAUGGAGGAGACAGAGGACCCGGCAGACGUAGGGCCGUCGCUGCCCCCCGUUUACAUCUACACUGAGUAUGUCAGCAUGUGCGACUCCCUGGCCAAGGUUCCCAAACGGGCCAGUAUGGUACAUUCUCUGAUUGAAGCAUAUGCACUGCAUAAGCAAAUGAGGAUAGUGAAGCCCAAAGUGGCCUCCAUGGAGGAGAUGGCCACCUUCCACACUGAUGCCUAUCUGCAGCAUCUUCAGAAAGUCAGCCAAGAAGGUGACGAGGACCAUCCAGACUCUCUAGAAUAUGGGCUAGGUUAUGAUUGCCCAGCCACUGAAGGAAUCUUUGACUAUGCAGCAGCUGUAGGAGGGGCUACAAUCACAGCUGCCCAAUGCCUGAUCGACGGGAUGUGCAAAGUAGCAAUUAACUGGUCUGGAGGGUGGCAUCAUGCAAAGAAGCUUGUGGAGAAUGAAGAAUGUUAAGAAGAAAUACGGAUUUAUUAUAUUAAGAGUCCAUGUAGAACCAGAAUUUUAACAUGGAUUACUAUCUACUUACAUUGCUGGUAAUACAUUAUAAUUACUAAGGUCUGGUUUGCAUUUGGGAAAGCAAUUAAAAGAUACAUUAUAAGUGACUGAGAGUAGAAAGGAUUAUUCAUUAAACAAUAUUGUGACAGCUUGUAGCAUUUAUACUCUCAUCUCCUAUAAUA